CGUUGCCGUGGCAGCCGCGCGGGGCCUGCUGGGAGAUGCAGUCGGGGCCUGCUGCGGCGUGCCGCUCCCCGUGCUUCCCGGUGUUCGUCCGCGUCUCAUCUGCACAGCACCUACUGGGGCACCGUGGCCAUGGCCUCUCCCCCUUUCACUGCCCCCGGCCCCGCUACGUGCCACGGGCACGCCGCGAGCUGCGCUCCCCUCCGGCCCCGGCCUCGCUGCAGCCGCCCCGGGGUCCCUCGGCAGCGCGCGGGAGCCGAUAGAGCGCCCGCAGCUCGGUGCCGGGGGCAGCGGUGACGUAGUGCUGCCGGGCGGUGACGUCUCGGCGCGGGGUGCGGGCGGUGACGUCGAGCAAUGAGUCACGGCGCCGUGAUGCAGUCCCCGGGCGUGCGGCGCUCCCCUCCCUUCCCCCCCACCCCCUCCGCGGCCGCCUGGCGCCCCCGCCCCGCACCGGCACCGGCACCGGGGACAGCGGCAGCGGGGACAACGGCUGGCGGCCGCCCCCCCUUACCGCCCGCUUCUCGUCCGGAGGACCCUUGGGCAGCCGCGCUCCACCCCCCGUCCCGGAGGGACAACGGCUCUCAGCACGCUGCUGCGCUGCUUCUUUCCCUGCGAGCGGCUGUGCGGGGGCUGCACCAUGCCCCCCGCACCCCCGCGGCCCCCCGGGGCCCUGCCACCGGCCGUUCUCCCCGCCCGCCGCCACCGGGUCCCUGCCACCACUCGUCUGCCUCCCCGGACCUUUCACAGCUACCUACCGCGCUCCCACCGCACCUACAGCUGCGUACACUGCCGUGCACACCUGGCCAGGCACGAGGAGCUCAUCUCCAAGUCCUUCCAGGGCAGCCAUGGCCGUGCCUACCUGUUCAACUCGGUGGUUAAUGUGGGCUGUGGCCCGGCCGAACAGCGCCUGCUGCUCACUGGGCUUCACUCUGUGGCUGACAUCUUCUGCGAGAACUGCAAAACCACCCUGGGCUGGAAAUACGAGCAGGCGUUCGAGAGCAGCCAGAAGUACAAGGAGGGGAAGUUCAUCAUCGAGAUGUCGCACAUGGUCAAGGAGAACGGCUGGGAUUGAGCAGCAUGGGAGGGACACCACAAUGGCACCUACCCUGGCAGGCACCUGGCAUUGGACAACUGACAUGGGCCCUCCCCACUUUGCUCUCCAGGGAGGGCACCCCAUGCCAGCCUGUGCCACCUGCUGGGGUGAGGGCAUGGGGCCUGUUACCAGCACACAGAGGCUGCGGGCAGCUUUUCUAGUGGAAUAAAAGAUUUUUGUAGGAA